GGGGUGGGGGGUGGAGGACGGAACGGACUGUCGUGAGUGUGUUGGAAGGCGGGGAAGAGACCAUUCUGAAGGUGAUGGAGGGUUCCUUCCGCAUAUGGAGAGCAGAGAUCAUUCUGAGUCUGGGGGGUUAUUCCCUUUGGUGGAGGCUAAGAUCAUUAAGACCAUUCUGAGUGUGUGUGUGGGGGGGGGUCCGUCCUUAUAGAAGGGAGAGAGCAUUCUGAGGGUGGGGAAGUUCUUCCUUAUAGAAGAGAAAAGCUAUUCUGAGAGUGGUGGUUUCUUCCUUAUAAAGGGAUAGGGGCUAUUGUGAGUUAGGGUGGGGCGGGUCCUUCCUUACACAACUUAAGAGGGUCCAUUUUGAGGAUUGGUAUGUCUUUCAUAAGAAGGGGAGAGGACCAUUGGGGGGGGCCCUUCCUAGUGGAGGUAGAGUUCAUUGCAGGUUGGAGUGGGAGGGUCCUUCCUUAUAUGGCAGAGAAAAGACUUUCUAAGGGUGCAGGGCCCUUCUUUAUAGCGGAGAGAGUUCAUUAUGAGUGUGAGUAGAACAGGAAUGAUUCCUUGGCUGGAGGUAGGGGUGGUGCGGUGGUUGGAGGAUGACUGGACCAUGUGGAGUAUAGAAAAAUAUUUCCUUAUGUCUAGAGGGAACCAGACCAUUCUUGGUGCAAUAACCAUUUAUUAUAUGGGGUUCAAUCCUAGGGACUGUGGAGGAAUUAUUUCUUAUGUUUAUGAAACCAUUCUGGGUCAGGUGGACUCUGGUGGUCAUACAAGCUCACCGGCGCCUCAAAUACAUAUCCCUAGCUGUGCUGGUGGUCCAGAAUGCCUCCCUCAUCCUCAGCAUCCGUUAUGCCCGCACACUGCCUGGGGACCGCUUCUUUGCCACCACUGCUGUGGUCAUGGCCGAAGUGCUCAAAGGUCUCACCUGCCUGCUGCUGCUCUUCGCACAGAAGAGGGGUAACGUGAAGCACCUGGCUCUCUUCCUCCACGAGGCUGUCCUGGUGCAGUAUGUGGACACACUCAAGCUCGCAGUGCCGUCUCUCAUCUACACCUUGCAGAAUAACCUCCAGUAUGUUGCCAUCUCCAACCUGCCAGCUGCCACUUUCCAGGUGACGUACCAGCUGAAGAUCCUGACCACGGCACUGUUCUCCGUGCUCAUGCUGAACCGCAGCCUUUCCCGGCUACAGUGGGCCUCCCUGCUGCUCCUCUUCACUGGCGUCGCCAUCGUCCAGGCACAGCAAGCCGGUGGUGGGGGCCCUCGGCCGCUGGAUCAGAACCCUGGGGCGGGCCUAGCAGCUGUGGUGGCCUCGUGUCUGUCCUCGGGAUUCGCAGGUGUCUACUUCGAGAAGAUCCUCAAGGGCAGCUCAGGCUCGGUGUGGCUGCGCAACCUGCAGCUGGGCCUCUUCGGCACAGCCCUGGGCCUGGUGGGGCUCUGGUGGGCUGAGGGCACUGCUGUGGCCCGCCGUGGCUUCUUUUUCGGGUACACACCUGCUGUCUGGGGCGUGGUGCUCAACCAGGCCUUUGGCGGGCUGCUGGUGGCUGUUGUCGUCAAGUACGCCGACAACAUCCUCAAGGGCUUUGCCACCUCCCUGUCCAUCGUGCUGUCCACUGUUGCCUCCAUCCGCCUUUUUGGCUUCCAUGUGGACCCGUUGUUUGCCCUUGGCGCUGGGCUGGUCAUCGGUGCCGUCUACCUCUACAGCCUUCCCCGAGGUGCAGCCAAAGCCAUAGCUUCCACCUCUGCCUCCACUUCCACCUCCGGGCCCUGCACUCACCAGCAGCCUCCAGGGCAGCCGCCGCCACCGAAGCUGUCUUCCCAUCGUGGAGACCUCAGCACGGAGCCCUUUCUGCCAAAGUUGCUCACCAAGGUGAAGGGUUCGUAGCUGCUGGGAUUGAAGACGCUGGCCUCGUUCUCCCUUCUUGCCCUGGCCCAGCCAGGACCAAACUCUGAUCAGUAUUAGGGGUGGGGGGAGGUAGACAAUGAACCCUCCCUGGCCCCACCCCCCACCCCCACGCAAGGCUAACAUGGCCAAACUCUGGUAAUGAGGGCACGGAAGGAACCCACCCCUGCCUCCGGCCCCACCCCCACCCCCAUCCCCCUAUCCCUGCCACUCCCGCACUUUCUUAGGUGAGUUUUUACAAAUAAAAUGUGUUUUGCAUCUUG